AUGGACGAGAAGCAGUACUGCGUAGUACGAAUCUCUACGGAAAAUGACUUCCACGUUUCUGUGAUAAGUAACACCUGGUUGCUGAAUGAUAACCGCCUGGCGGCCAUCCCUAAUGUGCCACCUUACAAUUAUUAUCAAGCGGUGCGGGAACAUCGUUUCUGUUAUGGCAAGCAGCGCUUCAGCCAUGCGAGGCUACUAGAGGUUUCGUACUCCGCUACCGAAUUUCCGGAAGCUUCCUGCGACAGUAGUCAUACGUGUACCCCUUCAAAACUCGAUAUCCGCGAACUGAGACCUCUGUUGCCAGAGGAAGAUGGCUACGACCCUCCGAUUAUUGUGACGAAACUCCCCAAUUUACCAGUUACAAUGCUGAUGCGGCGUCUCGUCUCAGCAAAAUGCACGGAUUCCGCAUCGAGUCUGGGAAGCAUGCAGCCUGAUGAGGAACAUAGAUUCGCCUACCAAACAGCUGAAGUAAAAACAGUGUGGACAGAUCAUGAUAAUGUUCAAAACAAGCUAGAAGUAAUGAGCGGCAGCCAACAGCAUAAUUCAACUACACCAGUCUGCUUAUCGUUGACCGCGACUGAUACACAGGAUGUUUUGAGCACAGAGUCUUUAGCACUGUAUACGGAACUGUUUGGUGUUCUCGGUAUGUUCGGCCUGUUUGAAACUGAUAUCGCAGAAACCAUGCUAUCUAAUCAGCUCAAGAUGGAAACCGAUUUGGCAGCAAUGCAGACUGCGAUUCGUUCAAUGUCAGAAGCUGCAAUCCGUUGUACUGCUCCCCCAGACAGCUCAUUGCCACUGCCAGUGACCACCGUGGCUGAGUUGGAAAUGUUCGAUGAUGAUCUCAAAGACGAACAACGAAAGCAGCAAUUUGAUGUGAACGAAACAACUCGACUAAUGUUGGAGCGUAUAAUGCCGCGAUCGGUUGCAGCGCAAAUAAACUUCUCUGGAGCUAAUAAAACCUUCGCGUUCCGCAAGACUCUAAUUUAUACUGUGUUAAAAUCCGUUUUACUGCAUAGGUUUGUUGAAGUGGGCACUACGCCUGCGCAUGUCGCAAAUACUGUCAAAGGUUGGCUUCAUACGGUUCGACACAGCCGGCCUAAACGCCCUUCAAAAGUGAAGCCCAACACUCGAUCGGAGGUUUACCUAAUCGUCGAUUUGAACUCUCCCUCGACUGUGGGCGAUUUUCAAGAAAUAUCAUUCACGCAGAACUAG